AUGAACGCCCUGAUCAAUGGCCUUUUCUUUCUGGCUGCAGUCCUGGCGCCUGCUGCCAUCAUUGUGGGGCUUUUGAGUCACCAUCAAGGAGGAGGCCUGGCGCUGUCCGCCCCCUUUGCCUGGCAUCCUAUCCUGAUGUCCAUCGCCUUCCCGUGCCUUAUGGUGCUUGGUCGAUGGGCCUAUGUCACCGAUCUCAUUGAAGACAAAAGCACCAGGCGAAUUGUGCACGGAAGCCUCAUGUCACUGGCGGCCUUGGUAGCACUUGGUGGUUACGUCGCCAUGUUCAAAGCCCACUGGCCCAUCAAGCAGUACUUUGGCUACAACUUCACUACGCAUAAGUGGGCAGUCCCCGCGCGGGUCAUUCAUGAUCUGAUUGGCUACGCCGUCCUAUCCCUGGUGCUCUUCCAAGCAACUAUUGGCAUGGUGAAGAUAGUAAAGCUGCAGUCGAAGAUCAAGUCGUUCACCUUUCACGGCACCCUGGGCAAG